AUGCCGAGACCAACUCCUCGAUCCCCCGGCAAGGAUUUCUGGUGCCAAGCUUUUGACCAGCCACACUCCGAACGGUCGAUGAUAGUCAACUGGUCAAAACAACUCAUCUCAUCAACAGCAACAGCAACAACCAUCAGCAGAAGAACAACAGCAAUCAGAACGACCAACUCAAGAUAUUCGACGACGACGACGACGAGGAGGAGUCAUAAUCGAACGAUGAUCUCUGUCAGUGAUCUUAACCCGGCUAUCAUUCAGGCCCAAUACGCCGUCAGAGGAAGGAUCGCCCUUCGCGCGGAACAACUUAGAGCUACUUUACAAGCUGAUCCGGAUGCCAAAAAUCAACUAGGAUUCGAUUCGAUCAUCAAUUGCAACAUCGGAAAUCCGCAACAACUCGGCCAGAAACCGAUCACCUUUUAUCGCCAAGUGGCAUGUUUGACGGAAUAUCCGGAAUUGAUGGACGCUCCUGAGGCCUCCAAGUUGUUUCCUAAGGACGUCGUAGACCGUGCUAGGUCUCUUUUGGACUCCAUCGGCAGCGUCGGAGCGUACAGUCAUUCGAUGGGCGUCCCAAUCAUUCGACAACAUAUAGCCCAAUCAUCAAGAGAGCCUCAGCAGGAGUGUCGAAUAUCAUGCAACUAUUACUAUCUAAAGGAGACGGAUGGAGUGAUGAUACCGAUUCCACAAUACCCAUUAUACACGGCGGCGUUAGCCCUGAACUCGGCACGAGCGGUGGAAUACUACCUUUCGGAGGCGGACGAUUGGGCGCCGAAUCUAGCCGGCUUAGAGGAAGUGAUACGGAAGGCACAGGAGGAGGAUCAGACGAAGGUGCGGGCGAUGGUGGUGAUUUCACCGGGGAACCCGGUGGGCAAUUGUCUGAGUCAAGAGAGCAUGGAAGCGAUUGUCCGGUUCUGUUUCAAGCACAAGAUCUUGUUGCUAGCCGACGAGGUCUAUCAGACCAACAUCUUCGAGCCCGAGCAACGACCGUUUGUCUCGUUCAAGAAGGUGGUCCGCGGGAUGGAGGAGUCGAUUGCCUCGGGCCAGGGAUUGAUCAGCUUCCACUCGAUCUCGAAGGGACAGACGGGCGAAUGCGGCCGUCGAGGCGGUUACUUCGAGCUCGUCAACAUCCCCAAAGAGGUCCAAGAGCAAGUCUACAAGAUGGCCUCCAUCCAACUCUGUCCGCCCCUGGCCGGCCAGAUCGGCGUCGAUCUCCAAGUCAAGCCGCCCCUCCCUGGUGACGAAUCUUAUCCCCUCUUUAAGAGCGAGGUCGACUCGAUCGCACAGGCUUUGGCAGAUCGCUCAAAGACCCUCGCCGACUCGUUCAAUCGGCUCGACGGCCUCUCCUGUCGAAAGGCCCAGGGCGCAAUGUAUCUCUUUCCGAAACUCGAGCUCCCGACUAAGGCUCAUCAAGCCGCCGAACAAGCAGGCUUACCUGUCGACGAAUUCUAUUGCAUGGAAUUGUUAAAUCAAACCGGGAUUUGCAUUAUUCCGGGAUCGGGGUUCGGCCAAGAGCCGGGGACGUUCCACUUUAGGACGACCUUCUUGGCCCCUCAAGUGGAUGAUUAUGUGGCUCGGUUCAAACAGUUUCAUUCCGCCUUCUUGAAAACUUAUUCUUGA